CUGGAACGGUGUUCUACCGCACUCUACUCUACCGGUAGUGUUCUGUGCUCUACCACAUAACGCCUACCAGACUCUGCUGAAGCGUUGGCGUCGCCGCGGUCCGUGCGUCACGGCUGUGGUUCUGUGGCUGUGUUGGAGGCUUUGAAGCAGUUUGGUGGCACAUGCAAGUGGGUCGAAUAGCCAUACGGCGGAGUCAUACAUGCGUUUAUUGUCGGUUUCGUGCAGGCAAGAAUAAAUAGCUCUGAUAAGUGAACGUAAUGCUGGAGUAAUCGACCUCGCUCGCAGUUUUGCUGCUACGCACCGCCAAUAUGGCAAGACGGAAAGGGGCGACCGAUCGGGCUCCGCUUCUCUCCGAUGAUGAACCGAUUGAUGGCUACAGCACUUACACGAACAUUUCAUGCCAAAUGAAAUGCCAGCUGGGACCAGUAUCGCCUAGAACAAACAACAGAACGGGCGAGAAACUGGUGGACAAUACUGUGUAUGAUAUUGUUGGCGUGUUUGUGAUUGCAUUUGACACUCGAGCGGGUAACACUGUAGAGUGGUGGACACCUGAUGACUUGGAUGUAUCUGGCAUUGAGUUUAAGGCUAUGACCAGUGGAGCUCACAGAGUUCACACAGACUUUAUAUACUUCAAGAGGAAAGAUUGCUAUGGGCUCUCCUGCUUUGAGAACAUGAAAGUAGAAAAUGAGGAAGAGCGUGGAGCACGGAUGAAGUCAAUUGGAAUACUUGCAAAAAGCUACUCGUUGCUGCAUCUGCACAAGACAUUCCUGCAAAAGCAAGUGCGACAACUGUUGGAAACGCCAGGAUUAUAUGAAGACCUUAUUCAGUUUUACCUGGCCUAUCAAACACCACCCCUCAUGGACACCGGCCUUGGUGCCUCCUACAAAACCAUCUGUGAUGGCAUGCAUUCGAUGGAGAUUACACACCCAGCCGGUUGCUUCUCACAGUUCCUGAAUUUCUUCGGGGAGAAAGUAUUUCUUUUAUGGAAGUUUGCACUGUUGAAAAAAGGAUUUUUUUUUUCUCCUCCACCAAUUGGUGUGAUUUGCUAUCGUGGCACUACUGAGAAAAUAUUUGACACAAAGCAAAACCUAUUUGACCUGUUUGUUGACCAGCAAAACUUGAAAGUUCAUUAUUCCUUGCAUGAAAGGCUGCUGGAAUUGAGUGCUGCUGAUAAGCUGAAGUACAACCACCUUUUAGAGCUAAGAUCCAAAUGCCAGCCGUUACUAGCAGGGAAUUCAGAUGCUACAGACGAGUCCUGGUUUACUGGGUUUUUCAUGGCUCAAAACACACAGCUUUUUAAGGAGCUACUAGUGGCAUACAGGAGCCCUGAAAAACUGUGGACUGAAGAACACAUGCAAAGAGUGGGCCUUGACCCACAUGGUGACAAACUGUUCUUAACAGAGUUGGUUGAGCGCUAUGGUAUAGACAUUGUACUGAUCACAGGCAGCGUAUGCUGCCCAGCAGUGACUUUGUGAUAACGUUUGCUACUAUAUUUGUCACAUCUGCCCAACCUCAUAAUCCAUGUAGAAUUGCACUGUGGUCUGCAUUAUCUGGAUGAUCCAGGCUAUAAUGUGGUUCAUGCAUGCUUUGUGUACUACAACAGGUUUACCCAAAGUGAUAAGUUAUACCUUUCGUACAACUUAGUCUUGUCAUUACGUCAGAAUCAUAUUGAAAAAGAAUACUCAUAUUCAUGCAGAUAAGUGUUCAAAUGCACACGCAGCAGAGGCCUUGUGGACUUCAUUUAGUGUAAUAUUGUUUUGUGCAAUGUAUGUAUACUUUUUAAAGAUUAUGAAUCUUCUUGGUCUGCAUAGUACUUGAGUUCAAGGCUACAAGCCAAUGAGUCACUGUACAAGUUCCUUUUGAAAAAGAUGUAAUUAAAUCUAAGUCGUUUUGUUUUGGAACUACUUCACUAGAAAUUUCUAAACAUUAGUGCAUUAUGAAUGCAUGGUGGCUGUACUUUUGGAAAUAUUAAAGUGAGAAGUAUGGUUAUUUAC